AUGAUAGGCUUCGGCUCUGAUGGUGCCAGUGUGAUGGUUGGGCGACACAACUCGGUUUCAAGCAGAUUAAAAGAAGCUUGUCCUGGCAUCGUCACCAUCAAUUGCAUUUGCCACUCCUUGCACAUUUGUGCAAACGAAGCUUGCAAAUGCCUUCCACGACAUGUAGAAGACCUUGCACGAAAUAUUUACACUUUCAUCAAUGAUAGCUCCAAGAGAAUAAGCCAAUUUCAACAAUUUCAAAACUUUGUUGGCGUGAAAAUACAUAAAAUGUUACACCCAUCCCAGACGCGGUGGCUGUCUCUACAGGAGGUCGUCGACAGAAUUGUGGAACAGUGGGAUGCUCUUAAACUUUUUUUCACAGACAGAUUGAAAACAGCUACUGUGGGAGGUUUGGUUCAGGCAUCUGAGUACAUCAAAAGCCAUGGAGGCUGCAUCAACUUUGCACCAACUAGUGAAAUGCGUGCUCUUAUGGCUAAUGCUAAUUUCCAAGUAUCAGAAGAACGGGAUUUUGCAGGAACACUUGGUGUAGUACAGACUCAAGGAAUCUAUUAA